GCGGGACCAAAAUCUUAUGCCGGUUUUGACAGUGUGCCGGAUUAGACAGGUGCCGGUGUUGGCAGGUUUUACUGUAUAAUCAAAGCAGUGAACCUAUUUCAACUCAACAUGGAGAGAAAAAGUACCGCCAAAUUGUCGGAACUACAGCAGAUAGAGAAAGGAGUGCAAGCAAGAUGGGAAAAGUUGAAAAUCUUUGAAGAAGAUGCUCCUCCAAGUGGGUCAGCAGAGGCAAAACAAGAGAAGUACUUGGCGACAUUCCCCUUUCCAUACAUGAAUGGCCGUCUUCACCUUGGCCACACGUUCUCGCUGUCCAAAUGUGAGUUUGCUGUGGGGUACCAGAGGAUGCUUGGGAAGAAGUGCCUGUUUCCAUUUGGUUUCCACUGUACUGGCGUGCCAAUCAAGGCAUGUGCAGAUAAGCUGAAGCGGGAGAUGGAAGACUAUGGAUUCCCCUCCUCCAGGUUUCCCCUCGAGACCACGGAGGAGGAGGUGGCGCCCACAGAAAAGGAUGUCGUGAUCAAGGACCAGGCUGUGGGCGAGAAGAGUGAAGUGUUGGCGGAAACUGGUGGUCUUGAAUAUCAGUGGCAGAUCAUGGCUGCCCUAGGACUGACCAAUGAUGAGAUCAAAUCCUUUGCUGACCCUGUACACUGGCUGAAGUACUUCUCCUCUCACUGCAAGAGUGACCUCAUCAGAUUGGGAGUCAGGGUUGACUGGAGGAGGAGCUUCAUGACUACUGAUUACAACCAGUACUUUGAUUCCUUCGUCCGCUGGAUGUGUAUCAGGCUGAAGGAACGGGGCAAGUGCAAGUUUGGGAAAAGGUACACCAUCUUCUCCCCUAAAGACAACCAGCCCUGUAUGGAUCAUGACCGUAGUUCAGGGGAGGGUGUGGCACCUCAAGAGUACACACUGAUUAAGAUGAAACUCACUGAACCUCUGCCUCAGAAACUCAGUUCUCUGACGGGUCGUCCGGUGUUCCUGGUUCCUGCAACUCUGCGCCCAGAGACCAUGUUUGGACAGACAAACUGUUGGUUGCAUCCGGACAUGAAGUAUGUGGCCAUAGAGAUUGUGACUGGAGAGGUGUUUGUGUGCACACGCAGAGCAGCACGGAACAUGAGCUACCAGGGAUUCACAGCGGUCAAUGGAGAGUACAAGGUCCUGGUGGAACUCGUGGGACAGGACGUGAUGGGUCAUGCCCUGUCAGCGCCUCUGUCAGCGUACAAGACAAUCUACACCCUGCCAAUGCUGACCAUCAAAGAUGAUAAAGGGACAGGUAUUGUGGCUAGUGUUCCCUCAGAUUCGCCUGAUGACAUCGCAGCUCUCCGAGAUCUCAAGAAGAAAGAACCUUUCAGGCAAAAGUAUGGCAUCAAGGAUCACAUGGUGUUGCCCUUUGAACCCGUACCGAUCAUAGAUGUUGCCGAGUUAGGAGACUUGUCUGCUGUCACCGUCAUUGACAUGUUGAAGGUCCAGAGUCAGAAUGACCGUGGCAAGUUGUGGGAGGCCAAGGAGAUGGUUUACCUGAGGAACUUCACUGAAGGAAUCAUGAAAGUUGGAGAGUUUAAAGGUCAGAGGGUCCAGGAUGUGAAGAAGAAGAUUCAGAAAGGAAUGGUAGCCCAGAAAGAGGCUGUCCUGUACAUGGAACCAGAGAGGAAGGUGAUGUCACGGUCUGCAGAUGAGUGUGUUGUAGCACUUUGUGAUCAGUGGUACCUGGAUUAUGGAGAGACUAAAUGGAGAGCUCAAGCUGAGGAAUGUCUGGCGUCAAUGAAGACAUUCCACGAUGGGGUUCGCAAGAAUUUCCAGGCUACACUGGAAUGGCUGCAUGAGCAUGCCUUCUCAAGGUCAUAUGGCUUAGGAACCAAGAUCCCGUGGGACCCCGACCACCUGGUUGGGAGUUUGUCCGACUCCACUGUCUACAUGGCCUACUACACUGUAGCUCACCUCCUCCAGGGCGGAGUCAUCGAUGGAAGUGUUGUCGGCCCAUCCAGCAUCAGGACUGACCAGCUGACUCCAGAAGUGUGGGACUACAUCUUCUUCCAGGAUGUCCCAUUCCCAAAGAAGGAAGGUAUACCCAGGGCCACGCUGGACAAGCUGAAGAAUGAGUUCAACUAUUGGUACCCCUUGGAUGUCAGAGUGUCUGGCAAAGAUCUUAUCCCCAACCAUCUGACCUACUUCAUCUACAACCAUUGUGCCAUCUGGCCUGAUGACAAAUCUAAGUGGCCCAAGGGAGUACGAGUUAAUGGCCACAUCAUGCUCAAUUCUGAGAAGAUGUCCAAAGGCACAGGGAACUUCAUGAGCCUGGAUGAUGCAUUGGCCAAGUUCUCAGCUGAUGGCACAAGACUGUCUCUAGCUGAUGCUGGAGAUUCUGUGGAAGAUGCCAACUUCAUGGAGAAAAUGGCUGAUGCUGGCGUCCUGCGUCUGUACACCCUUUUGGAAUGGGUCAAGAAAAUUCUGGCCAAUCAGGACACACUGAGGAAAGGCCCGUCGAGUGCCUACACAUUCCACGAUAAUGUCUUCAUUAGUGAAAUGUACAAGGCCAUAGCUGAGACGAAGGCUAACUAUGACAAUUACCUCUUCAAAGAUGCUCUCAGGACAGGCUUUUUUGAGUUCCAGGCCAUCCGUAACAAGUACCGGGAGGUGGAGAUGGAGGGGAUGCACCGUGACCUCGUGCUGCACUUCAUUGAGUUACAGGUCCUCAUGCUGGCUCCACUGUGCCCUCACAUCAGUGAACACAUCUGGGGGCUGCUCGGAAAGCCUGAUAGCAUCAUGAAAGCGUUGUGGCCUGUCGGAGGAGAGGUCGACAUGAAGUUGGUCCAGGCAUCUGAAUAUAUCACUGAUGCUGCCAACGAAUUCCGCAUCCGUCUCAAGGUGUACACAGCACCAGGCAAAGGGAAGAAAGGUCCUCCUGCUCCCAGUCAGGCCACAGUGUGGGUGGCGAAGACGUUCCCGCCGUGGCAGAGUGCCGUCCUCACCAAGCUGAAGGAACUACACACGCCGGAGACAGGUCUCCCUGAAAACAAGGUGAUAGCCACUGAAUUGAAGGACAGGCCUGAACUGAAGAAAUACAUGAAAAAAUUGAUGCCUUUUGUGCAACUAGUGAAGGAAAAUUUUGCCAAACAAGGAAUGAAAGCUCUGGCGCUGAGAGUGGACUAUGAUGAGACCGAAAUACUGAAGACGAGUCUGAAGUACUUGACAUAUACCCUGGAGCUGGAGAAGAUCGACAUCAGGUUCUCUGAAGAUGCGGAUGAAAAGGUUCAACAAGACUGCUGCCCAGGAAAGCCUUUCAUCACCUACAGAACAGAACCAAAUGUACUUAUAAAGUUGCUAAAUCCUCAGCCAUAUUGUGGCCUGUUCGAGACCACAGUGCCAGUUUUCCAGGGGGACACAUACCAGCAGAUUCUCACCAGACUCAAUAAGAUGGAGAGGUCAAAGAUCAAAGACCUGUCCUCGGUAGUGAUGCUGAGGUACGAGGACCCAGUGGUGGGACCAAGACAGCUCCCUGACAUGAACAAUCUCAAGAAAGGACUUGUUGCCAUUAGCAACUCCUCUGUGUUCAGCAUCAGUGUGGACAAGAACAAAGUGACUGUGGCAGAAGGAGGCAAGACAAAUUCUGUAGGACAUCGCCUGGUUUAUAUGUUCAAGUCAAACUAACUUAAUCCGAAUUGAAGAGAUCGCAGAUCACAAGAGGAGAUGUCUCAAUUUCACAUGUUUACAUCAUGCAACUAUUUAUUUUGUGUGUGUGUGUGAGAGAGAGAGAAAGAGAGAGAGAGGAGAGAGAGAGAUGGGUACAAUAUGUGUUAAGCCCAUUUGUGGUGUCCCCCACCAUAUAUGUUGCUGGAAUAUUGCUACAAUCCCAAAUCACUCACUACCAUGCUACCGGGUACCCAUAGGUGAACCAAGACAUAUAUCCUACAAAAUCACAGAUACCCAUUUGUACUACAUGUGCUUCAGUCGGGACAGUACUACAUGUGCUUCAGUCAGGACAGUACUACAUGUGCUUCAGUCGGACACGGCCAAAGGGGGAGAAACUCUGAGGAGUCAGUCUGCCAUCCCCACUCAUCAGCUUUCCACAACCACAACUUGAUUUUUAUAUCUGUACGCAUUCCAAGAAAACCCCAAGGGGAAAUCUACAAUGUACUGACCCAGACAAUGCUUCACUACACUGAUAUCUACUGCGCAGAAGGAAUUGACUCUUAUCAGGAGCAUGUCACUUCGCAUAUUGAUCAAUGAGACAUACAACAGGUCCUCCAGCCAACCUAACCGUUAGAACUGUUGAUUGAUUGUUAAGCUGUGUAUUAUAUAUUAUUUACAGACUGCGGCCAUGUAGCUGGAAUAUUGAUGAGUGCUGGAUAAACUCUGCUGUA